AUGGGGGACGCCCUGGAGCAGCUUUCAUUUCGAGUGGCCAUACUUCACAAUACCAGCCGCAACACCAGCUGCACAGGAGUCCGCAUCAACAACACCAGCAGCAUCAACAUCCGCAGCACCACCAGACCUCGCAGCAGCAAUCUCAACAGCCGAGUCAGCCAAGCCACGGUCCAGCAACCAGUUAUGAUUCCAACGCCUAUGGUGCCACCGCAGCUGCCUCCUCAUUUUAGUUCCACUUCCCUUCCGCUGCCAUACCCCGGCGACCGGCAUGGAGUGAAAAGGCGGAGAGCAGAUGAUGGGCGCAGCGGAGGAAGUGAUGAUACAACUCCCGGGAUUGGUCUCUCUAUGCUUCCGGAAACAUCUCAUGCUGACGAGCAACAUUCCUCCGAGAUGCUUCUACCUGCUCCGGUUGACCAUUCAUCUCAUCAUCAACAUUCUAUACAACAUGACUACCACCAAACAUCCCCUAUUCAUCAACAACAUCACCAUCACCGACUACCCUCCCAGGCUACGCUGGCGGCAGUUCAGGGCAGUGACGGUGAACUCACGUCCCCUGGCGGAGGCACGGGUUCGCAAAGCGUUGUUGGCCAGCCAGGAAUGCCCGACCCUGCGCCUCGUCCCAGGGGCCCGAAGUUGAAGUUCACACCGGAAGACGACAGUUUACUCGUGGAGCUGAAGGAAAAUAGGAAUCUAACAUGGAAGCAAAUUGCUGAGUUCUUCCCGGGUCGGACCAGCGGGACCCUGCAAGUGCGAUAUUGCACCAAACUGCGGGCAAAAGCCACAGUUUGGACAGAUGAAGCAGUGCAACGCCUGCGUAACGCUAUUCAAGAUUACGAAAACGAUCGCUGGCGUAUCGUUGCGACGAAGGUCGGCAGUGGGUUCUCUCCCGCAGCAUGUCGAGAGAAAGCUGCGGAAAUUCCCACCUCAAACCCCCCGCCAAUUUAA